AAUUAAAUAUUUAUAAACCUGUGGUCCAGUUUAUCUUAGUUCGUGCAGUCUUUUCAGCAACAGUUAUUGUAGUCAUUAUCAAAUAUCAAUUGCCUCAUGGUCAUGAGCCAUGACAAAUUAGAUAAUAAACAUAUCGAGUAGGUCCAGGACUAGAGGUAGUUUAUUUAUUAAUUUAAUUCAUGAAUAGUUCGUCAUAAUUUGCCUUUGCACACUGGACUCGAAUAUCUAAUCUAUCGAGAACUGUUUGUUUUCUUUUCAUCGUCUACAAACGGACGAAGAAACCAUUUAUCAAUCCUGUCGUGGAGUCGUCCUAACUGUGUGAUCCAACUCAAGACGCUGAUCGUACAUCUGUUUUUAUUUAUUCAUCAGAAAAAUGAAUAAAGCCAUCAAAAUAGAUCCAAUAGAUAUGUCUGCAUACUCAAGUUCAUCAAACAAACAUCCAGUCGCUAUUCUAAAUGAAUAUGCAGCCAAACAUCACCUUGUUCCUCAUUACACUCUCAUACACAAUGGUUCUUCACUAAGUAUAGUCAGCUUUAAAUAUACUGUGAAUCUGGAUAAAUUUGUAGCUGAGGGCGAAGCGAUUUCCAAAAAACAAGCCAAGCUUUUGGCAGCUUCAAAUCUUCUUAAAAAAAUUAUCAAUGAUAAACCCCAGUUAUUGAAUACUGAUUUUAAUGAGUGCGCAAUCUCUCCAUAUGAUAACAAUAUUAAACAAAACGCUUUUUUUACAAAAAUGAAUAGAGCCAUUGAAGUAGAUCAACAAGAUAUGUCUGCAUACUUAAGUUCAUCAAACAAACAUCCAGUCGCUAUUCUAAAUGAAUAUGCAGCCAAAAAUCACCUUGUACCUCAUUACACUCUCAUACACAAUGGUUCUUCACUAAGUAUAGUCAGCUUUAAAUAUACUGUGAAUCUGGAUAAAUUUGUAGCUGAGGGCGAAGCGAUUUCCAAAAAACAAGCCAAGCUUUUGGCAGCCUCAAAUCUUCUUAAAAAAAUUAUCAAUGAUAAACCUCAGGUAUUGAAUACUGAUUUUAAUGAGUGUGCAAUCCCUCAAUAUGAUAAAAAUAUUAAACUUAACUAUAUUGGAAAAUUGUUUGAUAUGUGUUUACAUAAAAAUAUCAAAUUGCCUGAGUAUAAUUUAGUUAAAGAAGAAGGACAAGACCAUAAUAAACUAUUUACUAUCAGUUGUCAUGCAGGUCAAAUGAUUGAAACAGCAACAUGCAAAACCAAAAAGCAAGCCAAAUAUUUAGCCGCUUUUCAAAUGGUAAACAGUUUAAUGUCCUGUGACAUUGUAGUAGAAAAGUGUCAGAACGUAUCAGGCUCCAUACAAGCCCAAGGAAAGCUCAAUACGAAAUCAUGGCUGAUGAAAAAAUCUAUAACCAAGCAUUCAACCUGCGAAGAUUAUCAUUUGGUUCUUAAAAAAACUGAAUGGAAAAAAUCAGAUACAUUAAAUAUGGUUGUUAAUCAGUAUUUAAAAAAUGGUGGAUUAGAUUUACCUGAUCCUUAUAACAUUUUUAAGAAAAUUAUCACUGAAAGUAAAAAUAUGCACUUCAUUUUUAAAACCGAAAAGAUUAAAUCGAAUUUUAAUAAUUAUUAUUGGUGUACUUAUGCUUUAACUGAUGUAUACCCUCAUGUUUACGGUUGUGGUGUGGAUACAAAUUCUGAAAUGGCCCAAGACAUUGCUUUAAAAGAGUUACUCAUUGGUAUUUGUAUAUUAUUAAAAUAAAAACAUUUGUUUUCUUUUUAUACUGGUGUUAUUUAAUAGGCUAAGCAUAAUUUAAGCAUCGAUUUCUGUGCUAACUCUUAUGCCAAUGCCUGAUUUAAUUUAUUUCAAAUCUACUGUACCCGACAUGAAUCGCGAUAUAAGCGAUUAUUUUACAGAUAGUUUAGUUUUAAGGAAAAGAA